CUCACUCGCCUGCCGUUGUGGCGGGAAAAGUCAGCUGUUGUGAUUGUUUACCUCGGUGGAGCCGAAGUACCUAAUAUUUGCACUUAUUCAGUAGUUGAACCAUCAGAAUGGAUGAGUUUCCGAAUGCAGAGGAUGAAUAUGAAAUGCUCCAUGCAGAUGAGUUGGAGAUGAUGCGAGAAUUUGAUAAUUUUGAUGAAGAUGCUGCAGCUGCAGAGGCAGCAACUAUUCCUCCCUCCAUCAAAAGAAGCCUUAAUUUUGCAAGUCCACCACCAGUGUCUGUAAAAAAUACAGCUAUAGAUGAAGGUAUUGCAGAGAUAUCCCAAAUAGAUGAAAUUCAGAAUGGUGGCCUUAUGAACAGAAAGAGACCUGCAGACAGGGCAUUUGAUGAUGAUCUUGACCAGUUUCUAAAUGAUGAUUUCAUGGAAAAUAAUUAA